AUGUCUGAUGCAAACCCUACCGUUCAGGCCGCAUGUGCCUCGAACUCGCUUGAAUCUCUCAAGAACGCAAUCCCUACGGCAUCUACGGAAGAACUCAACUCGGCUCUUUGCGAUUCCUGUGCAUCUGGGAACGUCUCCUUCGCGGAAGCCCUACUAGAAUGCCCCAGGACGGAUGUCAAUGCCGUCAAAGAUGGCAUGACCGCUUUGUUCAUUGCAGUGAGUCAUUGCUACUUGGAUGUGGUCAAGCUGCUCGUGGACCACGGCGCCGACGCACGUUUGAAAUCAUUGGCAGAGUCCACUUCAUCUUCACAUUCUAAUACAGAGCCCAUCUUUACACCCCUCCAUGGCUUCCUGAGGCCGCGCCGGGAGAGACAAAAGUCAGAUCCAUUGCCGAGCGAGAUCUUUCCCGAGCUACUGUCCUUACUUCUGCGCGCAGGGUGUGAUCUGAAUGCCCGGGGCCCAGCGGGAGAAACUGUCUUGCAUCAAUCUGUCCAUCUCAAUCUGCCGUAUACGAAGUUGCUUAUUGAAAGUGGAGCAGAUGUGAAUGUUGUGAACGACUCUGGGUCUACGCCUCUACAUCUUCUGGAUUUACAGAAAUCAGAAGAUAUUUUCCAACUGUUUCUAGAUCGUGGGGCCAAACUCGAUGUGAAAAGAGUGUUUGAUGGCCGGUCUCCUUUGCAAUGCUUUGCCGCUGGGGGUCAGUUAGGCGACCUUUCUCUGUUUCGACCUCAUGUAUCCAGCUGGGGUGAGACUGAUGCUAAAGGCGAUACACUACUACAUCUUGCUGUGAGAAGUCAUCGAUCAGGGAGUCAGACGAUACUUGAGCUGCUUAAGCUAGGCCUGCGUGUCGACCAGAGGAACUUGAAAGGCAAGCUUCCGUUACAUAUGGUGGAUGGACCUAUGGAAUGGUUUGAGGAAGCAGUAGAUAUCCUUCUCGCUGCUGGUGCUGAUAUCGAAGGCAAGGACAAUCAGGGCUUCACACUGCUAGCAUAUACCAUGCAGCGAGCUGUCGAUCACGAGCGAAAGAUUACUUGUUUAAUCAAGCGAGGAGCCAAUGUUAACACACAGGACUACAAAGGCAACGGAGUAAUACAUUAUAAACGCGGAAACGGUCAUCGAGGAAUCGAAGCGCUUGAAUUUCUGUUAUCCAUCGGGAUAGAUCCAAAUAUGGCAAAUUAUGAGGGAAACACCGUUCUACAUCGUCUCGUGGCCGACUUUGCCUCAUUCUCGGACGAAAGCGAGAUAUAUUUCAUCCAGAAGCUGUUGGAUGCGGGACUAUCCCCAACCCAGGCUAACUUCAAGGGUCAAACACCACUACAUCUCCUAUGUCACCAAGUAUCCGAGUAUAUGUUCUUGCCUACAGUAGCCGGUGAUAAGAGAGCGAUCGAUUUAGUUCUCGAUGCAGGUCUAAUAAGAGCGUUAGAAAUAGCGGAUCAUGAUGGCAUACGGCCAAUUCAUCUGGCAGCUAGCUGCUCUGAGACGUUGGUGGCCAGACUUAUUGAUCUCGGCGCAGAUACCACAGCGGUGACUGGUGACGGCAGAAAUCUGCUUCAUAUCGCAUCCACAGCACGUCAAGUCAAUAUUGUUGGGCUUCUACUUGAGCAUUAUACCUCGAUAAACCAACUUUCACUCGUGAACAAACGGUGCAAGAAUGGCCGGCCACCUUUACACGAUGCAUGUCGAUCAGGGAGGUUGGAAACAGUAAGCCUUCUGCUUGAAUUUGGAGCCGAUGUCAACGCAGAAGUCGAGGCGAAGUUUAGUCGAGGAAAGACACCUCUGCUGGUCUGCUGUGAAUAUGCGAAAGAAGAACAAAGAUGGCCGGUCCAUCUAGAACUUCCCGCACUCGAUGGCAGGGUCAGCGCCGCCGGAAUCUUAUCAAAGGACGAGAAAAGGCCCAACCUACCACAACUCAUGGACAAAAAAUCACGGAAUCCCAUACGACGAUUGGAAGUAACCUCUGAGAAUGAUACUACAAAUGUGACUGGGGUUCUUCGGGCUCUCGUCGCUCAUGGGGCUACACUCACUUAUGAGCCCUCCCGCAUGCCCCCUAUGGCGGAGGCUGUCUUUAGUGGAUCCGAAGAGCUAGUGUCAGAGCUUGGACGACUGAUGAAACAACAUGGCUUAGAACCCAUGCGAUUCCCAGAUUUCGAACAUAUGUAUCUCACACUCACUUCUCGGCAUCUUCCAGAUAUUCUUGGCGUUUGCUUCAGCGAGUUCGUUAGCGACCAUACGGUUGCUCGCCUCUUACUCCUCCGACAGUAUAACGCCCUAGCUGAAGGGUUGGAGAAGCAUGCAGACGCCGCACAUGUACAGAUCGCUCUCCCUGGGAUUCUAGUGAACCUCGCAAAAUGGGGCUACACGGACCUCUUCAAACGCUUAGGCGACCUCAUGGCAGAUCCGAGUUGGAUUAACGGUGGAGUAAACAGGUUCAAGAAGCGAUUGAUGCCGUAUCUUCUGAUAGCCGCAGAGCGAAAAGUCCCCAACCUGGACGUAAUCAAGGUUAUAGUGGAACACUUCAAAGCAGACAUCAAUCUCCAAUUCCAACCAGGAAUAGAGAUUCGGCCAAACCUCCCCUUCCAAUCAACAAUCUGGCUAAGACGUGCCUACAAACCUGGCGAAAGUGCUUUACAUUACUUUGCCAAAGGAGGCCAAUGGUGGCACACAAAGGCAGUUCGCUACCUUCUCCAGCACGGCGCUGACCCCAACCUCCAAAGUACCAACGGCAGCACCCCAUUGCUGAAUGCAGUACACAAAUCUCUAUCAGAAUCACAUCAACGGAAAGAAAUUAUCAAAAUAUUGCUCGAAGCCGGCGCUGACCCCAAUAUCCCAAGCCAUAACGGCUGUUCCCCACUGAGUCUGGCAACGUACGAUAUUAACAUAUUCCGCCUGCUACUUGAGAACGGGGCAUCACUGGAAAAUUGCAUAAGCCGGGUAAUGUUCACCACCCUGGACAACUUAAACCUCGAUAUGCUAUCUCUCCUUCUGGAGCGCAGCAUCGACUGCAACACGACUACUUUACAAAAGGAAGGCAAUAUAUGGUAUACCCAACGCUUCCACGACGACAGAAACCUAACAAACUUCACCCUCCACCCGCUCCACUACCUAUCAAUGCCAAAAUUCAACGAGUCAAACACACGAGACCGCGCAAUCAAGUUAAUCCAAUACCUAUUACAACAAGGCGCAGACCCCUUUCGCGCCUGUAGCGACGAAACUACCAUCCUCCACCACAUCUUCGAGCACGGCGGAACCAUCCAGCCCUUCCUCGAGAUACCAGAUCUAGACCUCGAGCGCCGCGAUGCCCAGGGCCGUACACUCCUUCUCGCUGCAUCGCGUUGCGAAAACCUCGGUACAGAUUCCUUCGCAGUCAUGUAUCCCCUCCUCGAGCCCGUCCCCAAGUAUAUCAGAAUCGUCGCCUACCCAGAGGGAGACAUCACACGAGCCAUGACGUUGUACAACCGCGGGGCGGAUAUCACGGCCGUUGACCACGCAGGAAAUAACACCCUCCACUAUCUGGUAGCAGGGAGCUGUGACAAUUUCGCUGGACAGAAGCAAUACCGACAGACGGUGGAAACCUUUGUCCGGAAAGCGCCCAAGCUACUCCAUCAAGUGAAUAAAGAAGGCAAAACGCCGGUUCAUAUCGCCCGGAGUGCAGAGCAGAAAUGGGCUCUGGAGGCGAUUCGCAAUGCCGGUGUGGAGAUUGAAGAAGCUUAA